AAAUAAAAGCGCUCACUAGUUUGGGAGCCUAUUAGGAGCGGUACGGCUGAGGGACUGGCGGGGCAGGAUACUAUCCGAGGAGGCUGUGCGCAAAAAGGGGGAGAAAAUAAACAUUUGGUUUCACGAACAGUACAACCGAACUAGCCUCCGAAUUCACCGUGGAUCUUUCAUGGGUUUUGUUGUUUUUAGAAGAGCUACAUCAAACUACCGCUAAGAUUACACAUUUCCCCCAGAUUUCCCUGUCCCGUAAUCAAUAUGUCCAGUAGCCCUGUGAUCAGGGUUCUGGUGGUGCUUUGCAUCGGGACCGCUGUGAACUGUAUGCCGAACAGGAAAAGCAGGCGGCAGGCUCAUCAGGGAGAAACCAGAAUACCUUCCGUAUCAUCCGUCUCUCAAGACGGCUGCAUUGAUAAUGGACAGAUGUAUAACAUUAACGACCAAUGGGAGCGUUCCUAUCUGGGCACGAUGUUGGUCUGCACUUGUCACGGAGUUGCGGGAAUUAAGUGUAAAACGAAACCCGAAGCUGAGGAGACCUGCUAUGAUAAGAUCAACGCCAGGUCUUAUCUGGUUGGUGAGACCUAUGAGAGACCCAAAGAGGGCAUGAUCUGGGAUUGUACAUGCAUUGGCUCUGGCCGGGGGAAAAUCAGCUGCACCAUUGCCAACCGUUGUCAUGAGGGGGGUGAGUCCUAUAAGAUUGGGGACACGUGGAAGAGACCUCAUGACACUGAGAGCUAUAUGCUGGAGUGUGUCUGUCUGGGCAACGGCAAGGGAGAGUGGACCUGUAAACCUGUUGCGGAGCGUUGCUAUGACAACACGGCGGGGACAUCCUACGUGGUGGGCGAAACCUGGGAGAAACCGUACCAGGGCUGGAUGAUCGUAGACUGCACCUGUCUAGGGGAGGGGAGUGGCAGGAUCACCUGUACCUCUAGAAAUCGGUGUAACGACCAGGACACACUGACGUCCUAUCGUAUUGGAGACACCUGGAGCAAGACGGACGCCAGAGGUCACAUGUUGCAGUGUCUGUGUACGGGGAAUGGGCGUGGCGAAUGGAAGUGUGAGAGACACGCCUCCCUCCACACUACCGGACUGGGCACGGGGUCCCGUGUGAUCACUAACAUCCAGCCGGCUGUGUAUCAGCCCCAGCCCCUUCCCCAGCCCGGCCUGGAGCCUCACCCCGGUCUAGCCCAGGAAGGGGCCUGCCAGAUGGACGCGGGGGUGGCCUACGCCCUGGGGAUGAGAUGGAUCAAGACCCAGGGAAGCAAACAGAUGCUGUGUACCUGCCUGGGCAACGGGGUCAGCUGUGAGGAGUGGGAGGGCCCAGCCCCAGUGUACGGUGGGAACUCCAAUGGUCAGCCCUGUGUGUUCCCCUUCACCUACAUGGGGAAGACACACCACUCCUGUACCUCAGAGGGACGCCCCGACGGGCAGCUGUGGUGCUGUAUUUCUUCUGACUGCGAGACAGAACAGAAAUUCUCCUUCUGUACCAAGAAGAAUGUGAUGGUGACAACCAGAGGAGGAAACUCUAACGGUGCUCUGUGUCAGUUCCCCUUCCUCUACAAUGGGAGAAACUACACCGACUGUACCGCGGACGGGCGCAGGGACGGCAUGAAGUGGUGUGGAACCACCACCAACUAUGACGGUGAACAGAGGUUUGGCUUCUGCCCCAUGGCUGCUCACGAGGAGGUGUGUACGACCAGCGAGGGUGUGAUGUACCGUGUGGGAGACCAGUGGGAUAAACGCCACGACGUCCUGGGACACAUGAUGCGCUGUACCUGCGUUGGGAACGGUCGUGGAGAGUGGAGCUGUAUCGCUUACUCCCAGCUCAAAGAUCAGUGUAUUGUGGACGGGUUGACCCAUGAGGUGAAUCAGACCUUCACUAAACUUCAUGAAGAGGGCUACAUGAUGAACUGUACCUGUUUCGGACAGGGCCGUGGGCGCUGGAAGUGUGACGCCAUUGACCAGUGCCAGGAGCCAGAGACCAGGGUGUUCUAUCAGAUCGGCCAAUCAUGGGACAAGCUGAUCCACAGCGUCAUGUACAAGUGUUAUUGCUAUGGCAACGGUAUCGGCGAGCUCAGCUGCGAGCCCCAACAGUCUUUCCCAGGUGGUAACCGUCCAGUCCAGGUGAUCAUCUCAGAGUCUGGUAACCAGCCCAACUCCCACCCCAUCCAGUGGAACGCCCCGUCCUCCGCACACAUCACACAGUACAUACUCAAGUGGAGAGUGAAAAACACCCGUAACCCUUGGCGGGAGGUGAAUAUCCCAGGCCAUCUCAACUCCUACACCAUCGCUGGCCUGAAGCCAGGCAUCACCUACGAGGGUCAGCUGAUCAGUGUGCUACGCUUCGGACGCCGCGAGGUCACACGCUUCGACUUCACCACCACAUACGGUUCCUUGGCGACCUCCGAGGGAGAGACCACCCAGCCUCCUCCGGUGGUGGACAUCAGUGAGUCUGUUACAGAGAUCACCUCCAGCAGCUUCGUCAUCUCCUGGAUGUCUGCCUCUGACACCGUGUCUGGCUUCAGGAUCGAGUACGAGCUCAGUGAGGAGGGACAAGAGAGAGGACAGCCCAUGAUUCUCGACCUCCCCCGCACCGCUACCUCUGUGAACAUCAAUGAGCUGCUUCCUGGAAGGAAAUACACUGUGAAUGUGUACGAGGUUACACCUACUGGAGAGCCCAACCUCAUCCUCACCACCUCUCAGACCACUGCUCCUGACGCUCCCUCUGACCACGAGGUGGAUGAGGUUGGAGAGACCUCUAUCAUAGUCAGCUGGGAGAAACCCCUGGCUCCUAUCACAGGUUACCGUGUGAUCUACACCCCGUCUGUGGAGGGAAGCAACAACGGAGCUGCAACAGAGCUCACCCUGCCGGACACCGCGACCUCUGUGACUUUGAGUGACCUUCGACCAGGCCUGCUCUACAACAUUAGUAUCUACGCAGUCGAGGACAGUCUGGAGAGUGAGCCUGUCUUCGUACAGGUCAACACAGCCGGAGAACCCUUACCAGAGGAAGUCCCGCCUCCUACAGACCUGCAGUUCUUUGAGGUGUCUGACGUGAAGAUCAUCAUCACCUGGAUGGGGCCGCCUACUGACGUGUCUGGGUACAGAGUGACUGUGGCUCCCAUCGGUCCUGACGGGACCCCUCAGAGAGAGCUCCAGCUCCCCGUCACACGCAACGCCUAUGCAGAGGUCACCCACCUGACCCCGGGGACUCCGUAUCUCUUCAGCAUCUACACCAUCAAGGGAGGAGAGGAGAGCCAGCCACUGGUCGCAGAGCAGGCUACCAAGCCUGAUUCCCCUGCUGAUGUCCAUUUCACCAACGUGACCGAGGACAGUGCUCUGAUCAUGUGGGUGCCCCCUCGGGCCCGCAUCACCGGAUACCGUCUGUUCCUGACCCUGGAGGGAUCCAACCCAAAACAGCUCCGCCUGCCCGCCCGCCUGUCUCAGUACACCCUGCUCAACCUCCGCCCAGACACGGAGUACACAGCCAUUCUGCAUUCUGAACAGGACAAUACGCUCAGUGAGGGUGCCUCCAGGAGCUUCUCCACCACUCAGUUAAUGGGGAACGCCCCUCGCUUCAGUACUGAUGUCACAGACACCUCCAUCAUUAUCUCCUGGACACCCGUACCCCGAGUGGGAUACAAGUUGACGGUGAGGCCCAGUCAGGGAGGUGAGGCCCCCAGAGAUGUGACCUCUAAUUCGGGCAGCAUUUAUAUCUCAGGCCUGACCCCUGGGGUCGAGUACACCUACAGCGUCCAGCCAAUCGUCAACGGAUAUGAGCAGGGCAACCCAAUCACACGCCGCAUAGUUACACCUCUGUCUCCUCCUACUGACCUCAAACUGGAGUCCCACCCUGACACAGGAGAGCUGACUGUCCAGUGGAACGAAGCCAGCACCCCAGACAUCACCGGCUACAGAGUGACAUGCACACCAACCAACGGGCAGCGAGGAAACAGCCUGGAGGAGUUUGUGAAGGCGGGUGAGACUUCGUGCACGCUGGAGAACCUCAGCCCUGGCGUGGAGUACAACGUCAGCGUCUUCACCGUCAAAGACCACGUGGAGAGCGUUCCUGUCUCCGACACCGUUACUCAAGACGUGCCCCAGCUAACAGACCUCAACUUCGUCGACGUCACCGACACGACUAUCGGCCUGAAGUGGAACCCACUGAACUACACGGCGGUCACCGGCUACCGUAUCACGGUAAUGGCAGCCGGGGAGAGCGUGCCCAUAUUCGAGGACAUGGUGGAGUCCACCACCGGAUACUACACCGUGUACGGACUGGAGCCCGGCAUCGACUAUGACAUCUCAGUCAUCACCGUGACAGAGAGUGGAGAGAGCGAGCCUACCACACUCACGCAACAAACUGCCGUUCCUGCCCCUACUAACCUGGAUUUCCCCGAGGUGGGUCCUGACAGUAUGCGGGUGACCUGGACAGCUCCUGUGGUUCCUAACCCCGCUGACAUCAGCAGCUUCGUUAUUCGCUACCACCCCAUCGACGACGAGGAUGACAUCACAGAAAGCAGCGUCGGAAGGAACGCCGACACCGUGGUUCUUAAGAAUCUGAUUUCCAACACAGAGUACCUGGUCAGUGUGGUGUGUGUCUAUGAAACGAGGGAGAGCUCCCCUCUGGUCGGCACCCACAAAACAACUCUGGAUUCCCCCAGCGGUCUGCGGUUCUCGGAAGUCCUGACCAACUCCUUCACGGUGCACUGGCAGGCCCCCAACGCCAUCAUCACUGGCUACCGGAUUCGUUACCAGAUGACCAGCGGCGGACGGGCCAAGGACGAGAGGCUGCCGCCAUCCAGGAACCACUUCACCCUGACCGGGCUGACCCCCGAGACGGAAUACAUUGUCAACAUCUAUGCUGUCAGCGGCCAGCAGGACAGCAAGCCGCUCACCGGCAAACAGAAAACCAUCUCUGACGCUCCUACUGACCUGGAGGUCGUGUCCUCCUCUCCCACCAGCGUCACAGUCCGCUGGGACGCCCCCUCUGUUACCGUGAGGUACUACAGGAUCACCCAUGGAGAGUCAGGCCUGUCCGGUGGCCACAGCACCCCUAAAGAGUUCACUGUGCCUGGUUCCCAGUCUACUGCCACCAUCCAGAACCUGAGGCCUGGUACUGACUACACCAUCACAGUCUACGCUGUGACCGGCAGAGGGGACAGCCCAGCCUCCAGCACACCCAUUUAUGUCACCCACAAGACAGAUAUUGACUCUCCUUUGGAGAUGAAGGUGACCGACGUUAAGGACAGCACCAUCACCGUGAGGUGGUCCCCGGCCCAGGGGCCCGUCCAGGGGUACAGGAUCACUGGGGUCCCCAAGAACGGACAGGGUCCCUCCUUCUCUGAGACUGUGGCUCCAGAUCAGACUGAGAUGACCUUCUCUGGCCUGCAGCCCACGGUAGAGUACAUCCUCAGUGUGUAUGCUCUGGGACAGGACGGAGAGAGCCCUCCCCUGGUUGAGACGGCUGUCACUGCGGUGGGUCGCCCCACAGACCUGACCUUCUCUAACGUUGACUCUACCUCCAUGACCAUUUCCUGGGACUCGCCCGACGGCCGGGUGACGUCGUACCGCGUCCUGUACGCCAGCCCCGAAGAGGGCGAGAGGGAGAUGCGCCCUGCACCCCGCGGAGACGAUGAAUCGGCAACGAUCCACGGCCUGCGACCCGGAAGUGAAUAUACUGUGAAGGUCAUCGCCAUGUACGACCGUACACCUAGUCCUCCACUGGUGGGCGUUCAGGCCACAGCCAUCCCUGCCCCCACCAACCUUGAAUUUUCCCAGAUCACCUCCUCCUCCUUCACCAUCAAAUGGCGCACCAUGCCCAAUGCCCGUCUGACCGGGUACCGGGUGGUCGUCAACCCCAAGAACAAGAGCGGUCCCACCAAGGAGAUGAAUGUUGCUCCUGACACCACACAGGUCCACGUGCCGGGACUCAUGGUUUCCACUAUGUAUGAGGUGCACGUGUACGCCCUGAAGAACUCUCUGACGAGCCGCCCAGUUCAAGGAGAGGUCACAACUCUGGACAACAUCAGUCCUCCGCGUCGCGUGCGUAUCUCUGACGCAAAGGACUCCUCCAUCACCCUGACCUGGAGAUCCAAGACCGAGACCAUCUCUGGCUUCCUGGUUGAGGCCACGCCCACCACCGGAGGCCGCACCCCCAUCCAGAGGACCAUCGCCCCUGAUUCCCGCACCUACACCAUCCAAGGUCUUCAGCCUGGCUCUACCUACAAGAUCAACAUAUACACUCUGAACGGCAAUGGCCGCAGUGCUCCCUUCACCCUCACUGCCACCACAGCUAAGCCUGUGGUGUCUCCCCCCACCAACAUCCGGUUCACCUCUCUGACCCCUAGCAGCAUCUCCUUUACCUGGGAGGGGUCCCGUAGUGCCGGGGUCACCGGGUAUUACGUCACCUACGAGGAGGCGGGGGGCAUCCCCCGGGAACUCACCCCGCGGCCCACCGCUUCCCGCAGCCAAGCCAUCAUCACUGGUCUGAAACCAGGAACUGAAUACGUCAUCAAGAUCGUCACCCUGCAGAAUGCUCUGAGAAGCACUCCUCUAGUGGGCAAGGCUAGAACUCAACUGGCAUCCCAGCUCCCUGUGUCCCACCGGCCCAGCCCCGAUAUCCUGGAUGUGCCCGAGGACAACCCCAACUUGAACCCCAACCACGUCCAGCUGGUGGGGACUAACGGCCAGGACACGCUGGGCCAGCAGGGCCAGCACAUCUACACAGAGUACCAGAGCCUGGGCCCCAACCCCAACGGCAGGGACAACCAGGGUCCAGCUAUCCACCACCGUGAACCCCUAGUCUACAUCCCCGUCCCAGGCCCCGAUGGCCAGAGAGUGCCCCUGGUCCGGGUGAGCGAUGGUCCGUUAUCGGGUCUUCCGUUUGGGUUCCCUGAGAAUGAGACCGGGUUUGGGGUGCCGCAGGAGGCCCAGACACGCACAACCAUCUCAUGGCAGGGUGUUCCCCAGAGCUCAGAGUACAUGGUAUCCUGUAGCCCCAUCACCAACCUCGAAGAGAAGAUGUUCCAGAUGAGAUUACCAGGCACUUCUACCAGUGCCACUCUGAUCGGGUUGACAUCAGGAGCCUCCUAUAACGUCAUUGUGGAGGCCAUGAGAGGGCAGGGCCGAGAGAAGGUCCUGGAGGAGAUAGUCACCGCUGGCAACGCUGUUCCAGGAGACCACCUCCCCUCCAACAGAGACGUGUGUUAUGACACGUUCACAGCCACCUACCAUGACGUGGGUGUAGAGUGGGAGCGUAUGUCAGAGACAGGCUUUAAGCUGUGGUGCAGGUGUCUGGGGCUGGGCAGUGGCCAUUUCAGAUGUGAUUCAUCCAAGUGGUGUCAUGACAGCGGGAACAACUACCGCAUAGGAGAGAAGUGGGAUCGCCACGCUGAGAACGGUCACAUGAUGAGCUGUACUUGUUUGGGCAACGGGAAGGGAGAGUUCAAGUGCGAGCCACAUGAGUCGACGUGUUAUGACGAGGGGAAGAUGUACCAGGUGGGCAACCAGUGGCAGAAGGAAUACCUGGGAGCUAUCUGUACCUGCACCUGUUACGGAGGACAGCAGGGCUGGCGCUGUGAGAACUGCAGAAGACCAGGAGCUCAGACUGAGGUAGAUGUGGAUCUGCUACAGCCUCAAAUACACCAAGACGCAUUCGACCGCUAUAGGGAGAACGCCCUGAAGAAACUGAACAUCCAGUGCCCUAUAGAGUGUCUGAGACCAGAGCUCCUAGCAGAUGUACAGCAAUCCUCCGAGUAAAGAAGGAGAGGAGAACCACAUCCUCCUCCUCAGACUCCUCACAUUACAGGGCCUUCAGAAAGUCUUCUGGACUUACUUAACAACUUGUUGUUACAGCCUGAAUUCAAAAUGGAUUAAAUAGAUUUUUUUUAAUGAAAGUGAAAAUGUUUUUAGAAAUUUUUAGCAAAUAUUGAAAAUGAAAUGCAUAAAUAUCUAAUUUACUUAUGUAUUCACAUCCCUGAGUCAAUACUUUGUAGGACUUUUCUGGGUCAAUCUCUAAGAGCUUUGCACACCUGGAUUGUACAAUAUUUGGCAUUUAAAAAAAAAAAAGAAUAAUUGUACAAGCUCUGUCAAGUUGGUUGUAGAUCAUUGCUAGACAGCCAUUUUCAAGUAUUGCCAUAGAUUUUCAAGCUGAUCUCUAAAUCAAAACUGUAACAAGGCCACUCAGGAAUAUUCAAUGUCUUCAUGGUAAGCAACUCCAGUGUAGAUUUGGCCUUGUGUUAUAGGUUAUUGUUCUGGUGAAAUCCCUGAGUGGUUUCCUUCCUCUCCGGCAACUGAGUUAGGAAGGAUGCCUGUAUCUUUGUAGUGACUGGGUGUAUAGAUGCACCAUCCAAAGUGUAAUUAAUAACUUCACCAUGCUCAAAGGGAUAUUCAGUGUCUGCUACCAAUAGGUGCCCUUCUUUGCGAGGCAUUGGAAAACCUCCCUUGUCUUUGUGGUUGAAUCGGUGCUUGAAAUUCACUACUCGAUUGAGUGACCUCACAGACACUUGUGUGGGGUAAAGAGAUGGGAUAGUCAUAAAAAAAAAAGGUUAAACAACUUAUUAUGCCAUUUGUCAAGCACAUUUUUACUCCUGAACUUUAGGCUUGCCAUUACAAAGGGGUUGAAUACUUAUUGACUCAAUACAUUUCAACUUUUAACAUUUUUAUUACUUUACUAAAUGUUCUACAAAACGAUAUUCCAUUUUGACAUUAUGGGGUAAUCGUGUGUAAAUCAUUGACACACAAUGUCUAUUUAAUCCAUUUUAAAUUGAGGCUGUAACAACAACAACAAUGUGGAAAAAGUCGAGGUGUGCGAAUACUUCCUGAAGGCGCUGUACCUGUGACUUACAGAGUUAUAAAACCUAGAGUGCACUAGGAUCAGUCUCACAAAAAGACUGCUAGCAUGCACCAUUUUUUUUUUUUUUUUUUUUUAAGUAGUCAACUUGGUGGGACUUCCUAUGUGUCGCCCAUGGAAAUAUAAUUCCUAUUGAAUUCUUAUAGACUUGUAUUUUUAUGGCGAUGUCUUCCCGUGCCGUCACAGAAGUACUCCAUGGAACAUAUUACUGUAGGAAGUGUCAACUACGUGCUGCCUUCCUGUUCCUGUCAUUCACUAACCUUGAUCAGUGGUCUGGUCUGACCAAUUAACCACCAUCCUGCUGCUUCUCCACAUUGCCACUCCUUUCUAUAGCGUCACUUCAAAAUACCCCCCCCCCCCCAAGGCAAAGAAAGGGUCUUUUAUAUUUUAAUGUUUGGUUCCGUUGUCCUACCUAGUCCUUCGAGACAUUCCCAUGAAAAGAGAAAAUGGAAAAUCUGUAAAGGUUCUAAAGCCGUUCAGUAUUCCUCCUGUGCCUACUCUGUUUCUACUCUGUGCUGUUGCCAUUCCUCCUGUAGCCUACUCUGUUUCUACUCUGUGCUGUUCCCAAUCCUCCUGUAGCCUACUCUGUUCCUACUCUGUGCUGUUCCUAAUCCUCCUGUAGCCUACUCUGUUCCUACUCUGUGCUGUUGCCAUUCCUCCUGUAGCCUACUCUGUUUCUACUCUGUGCUGUUGCCAUUCCUCCUGUAGCCUACUCUGUUUCUACUCUGUGCUGUUCCUAAUCCUCCUGUAGCCUACUCUGUUUCUACUCUGUGCUGUUGCCAUUCCUCCUGUAGCCUACUCUGUUUCUACUCUGUGCUGUUGCCAUUCCUCCUGUAGCCUACUCUGUUCCUACUCUGUGCUGUUCCUAAUCCUCCUGUAGCCUACUCUGUUUCUACUCUGUGCUGCCCGAACCAGAGCUUUCUCUCUCUGAUGUGAGAUUUUACCCCAUUCAGAAGUUUACAAUAUGGGGGAAACUCUUGCCGGCAUCGUGACUUAUCUGGAAUGGAUAAUAUUUCCAACCGAUCCCGUCCGAGCUCAAAUGGUUCUACAGAGAAAUAAGAUCGCUGUUUUGACGUAUAACCCUAUUCCCUAUAUGGUGAACCACUUGGAUACAGAGGUCUCGCAUGAGCACCUUGUCUUCAUGCAUUUCAAAUCUCUUUGGAGACUUCAACUACCAGUCUAACAAAAAAACAAAAAAAACAUUCCUUUUUAAAACCAAGGUCUUUAAUGCAGUGGUAUUCAAAGUCGUGGUCUGAGUGGGGUCGCCAUUUUUAUAUAUAUAUAUAUAUAUAUAUAUAUAUAUUUUAAAAAUGAAGAACCAGAAACCAAGAGUACAGAUUAUUGUAUGGGACAUUAUACAAACGUUUUUGAGAAAUAAUUAGAAAAAUAAAAUGUUAUUGAGUAAAUGUAUUUAUUGGUUUCUUUUCAUUUUUGAGAAGACGUUUAUGUAGAAUAUUUUUUUUUUUGAAGGUUGUUAUUUGAUAUGGGGUGGGAUCAUAAGAAAUUUGGUCCCCAGAAAUUCAAUCGGGGGGUGGGGGGGGGGGGGGAAUGGGGUCCCCGCUGAAUACCACUGCUUUAAUGCAAGAGUUGUAUCACAGAGGUACACUGCAAGUGGGUGUUCAUUCAAUGUCCAGAAUUGUAUCUGUUGUGUUCAUGUACUUCUGCCAUUUUUGUGAACGGAAGCUCUAAAAUGGCUGCCAGUUGAGUUGCAUUGUUUCAUACCCACCUCAACUGCUGUUUUUAAUUUAUCUCUUUUGUCCAAGCAUUUUGUUUUAAUGCUAUUUGGGGUGUACACGUUUUUGUUAUUUUUUUUUUAUAUAUAUAUAUUGUAGGUGCCAAAGUCUUAACUACUGUGGACUGAAUUCCUUUUUAAUAAACAAAAAAUGUGUUUUUG